AUGGAUUUCAUUUUGGUCCAUUACGAGAACAGGAACGAAACUAGUGUGUACUUCACGAGAAGACAUGAUAUAAUCACAGCGACCCUCCAAUACAUGAUCGUCCGUUUGAAUUGUCAAGAUGAAAGUGGGUUGUUCUUUGGUACCUUUGUAGGCUAUGCCUCUGGAAGAAGUUUAAAUUCAUCCGGUUUCGUUGAAAGCUCGGCUUUACAAUUUGUUUACCCAUACACCAGUGGAAUAUACCGCGUUGAUGAUAAUAAUGAACUUAUUCUCGUUGGCUAUAUCAGUCACGAAAACUUGCGAUCGCUAUAUAGACACAGAUGUCCUGAGUGUGAACGAUUAUUCCGUUACCCAAGCAUUUUGAACGAUCAUCUAAACGUUCAUACUGGAGAUAGGCGUAUGUCAAAUGAAUAA